CAUGGCAGCCUCCAUGUCGGUCUCGCCUUUAGUUGCCAACGCUGCGGAGGGCGAGGAGGAGGAGGAGGAGGAAGAGGAGACGAUUCUUUACGACUUGUUGGUUAACACCGAGUGGCCCCCGGAGACGGAAGUCCAGCCUAGAGGCAACCGAAAACAUGGCGCAUCAUUUCUCAUCACAAAAGCAAUUAGAGAUCGUUUAUUAUUUUUACGCCAGUACAUUUGGUAUAGACCUGUACCUUUUUUGCUUCCUGAUGAGCUGGUUCGCCUGAUUAAUAAACAGAUAAACUGGCAUUUGAUAUUAGCAAGCAACGGAAAACUUUUGGCUGCUGUUCAAGAUCAGUGUGUGGAAAUUAGGUCUGCAAAAGAUGAUUUUACGUCUAUUAUUGGGAAAUGUCAAGUUCCCAAAGACCCAAAGCCCCAGUGGAGACGAGUAGCAUGGAGUUAUGAUUGUACCCUGCUGGCCUAUGCUGAAAGCACAGGAACUGUGAGGGUAUUUGAUCUUAUGGGAAGUGAACUCUUCAUUAUUACCCCGGCAUCUAGUUUACCAGGUGACCUGAGUUAUGCCAUUGCUGGUUUGAUAUUUUUAGAAUACAAAGCAAGUGCACAAUGGUCUGCUGAACUCUUGGUCAUCAAUUAUCGAGGAGAACUUAGAAGUUACCUUGUAAGUGUUGGAACAAACCAGAGCUAUCAAGAGAGUCACUUUUUCGACUUCAGUAGUCAUUAUCCUCAUGGAAUCAGCACAGCCAUUUACCAUCCUGCUCAUAGGCUUCUAUUGGUUGGUGGGCGUGAAACUUCUGAAUUGGGCAUUUCAAAAGCCUCUAGCUGUGGCCUUUCUGCCUGGAGAGUACUUUCAGGAUCACCUUAUUAUAAGCAGGUCACUAAUGAUGGAGACAGGGUGACAGCAGUACCAAAGACUCUGGGUUUAUUAAGGAUGUUAAGUGUUAAUUUUUACACUCGCCAGGGACAAGAACAGGAUGGAAUAUUUAAGAUGAGCAUUUCUCCAGAUGGAACCCCCUUCUUGCCACCAUUCACUUCUCAGGGGAAACUAAGCAUCUGGGCCAUCCCGUCUCUGAGACAGCAAGGAGAAUGGAAUCAAAAUGAGCAGCCAGGCUACGAUGACCAUAAUCCUAGCUGGAGACUUUCUACUGAGAAGAGGAAAAAAAUUAAAAAUAAAGAAUCCUUUUAUCCUCUGAUUGAUGUGAAUUGGUGGGCAGACAGUGCAGUGACCUUAGCUCGCUGCUCCGGUGCGUUGACUGUUUCAUCUGUGAAAACUUUGAAGAAUUUGCUGGGAAAAUCCUGUGAAUGGUUUGAACCAUCCCCUCAAGUCACUGCUACUCAUGAUGGAGGAUUUUUAAGUUUAGAGUGUGAGAUUAAACUUGCUCCCAAGCGAUCUCGUUUGGAGGCUAGGGGUGGAGAAGACGACGAAGGUGAGGAGGAUUCUGAUUCAGACCAAGAAACCUCUGCCAAGGCUCGCUACUUUGGUUAUGUCAAGCAGGGCCUGUACUUGGUGACCGAAAUGGAGCGCUUUGCCCCGCCCCGGAAACGCCCUCGGACCAUCACUAAGAACUAUCGCCUUGUCAGUCUGCGCUCUACAACUCCAGAGGAGCUUUACCAGAGGAAGAUUGAAAGUGAAGAGUAUGAGGAAGGUUUGUCUCUAGCUCAGACCUAUGGCCUGGAUACUGAUCUCGUCUAUCAGAGGCAGUGGAGAAAGUCAGCUGUCAACAUUGCUUCCAUUCAGAAUUACCUGAGUAAAAUAAAGAAACGAUCUUGGGUUCUUCAUGAAUGUUUGGAAAGAGUUCCUGAGAAUGUGGAUUCGGCAAAAGAACUUCUUCAGUAUGGAUUAAAAGGCACAGAUCUGGAAGCUUUGAUAGCAAUAGGAAAAGGAGCAGAUGAUGGCAGGUUUAUAUUACCUGGUGAAAUAGAUAUUGAGGGUAUCUCCUAUGAGGAUCUCUCAGUCCCUGAAAAAGAACCUGCCAAGAAGAAAAAAGAGCUUAAGAAAAGACGAGAACUACGUGAAUUAGUGAACUUUUCAAAGUUGACACUGGAACAAAAGGAACUUUGCCGUUGUAGAUUGAAAUUAUUGACCUACUUAGAUCGCCUUGCAACAUAUGAGGCGAUUCUAGGAGUGUCUCAUUCAUCUGAACAGAGAUAUGAUGCUGAAUUUUUCAAGAAGUUCAGAAAUCAAAAUAUUGUUCUCUCAGCAAGAACAUAUGCUCGGGAAAGUAAUGUAAAAGCAUUAGAAAUUCUGUUCACCUACCAUGGGUCUGACCUGCUUCCUCAUCGCCUUGCAAUUCUCUCCAACUUCCCAGAGACUACCUCGCCACAUGAAUAUUCCGUUUUGUUGCCCGAAGCUUGUUAUAGUGGUGACUCCUUGGCGAUCAUUCCUUGGCACGAACGUAAACACCGAGAGGAAGAUUGGUGUGAGGAGUUGGAGUGCAGAAUGGUGGUUGAGCCAAGUCUUUGUGAUGAAAGUGAAUUCUUAUAUGCUGCCCAGCCAGAGUUACUGAGGUACAAGUCUCCUCAGCUUGCAGUGGAGAUGGUUAUUGACUGGUACCAGACCAGAGCAGAGGAAAUCGAGCACUAUGCAGGACAGGUUGACUGUUCAUUGUCACUUAUUCGACUUGGAAUGGAGAGGAAUAUUCCUGGCUUGCUGGUUCUGUGUGAUAAUUUGGUUACUCUGGAAGCACUGGUUUAUGAAGCAGGGUGUGAUUUAACCCUAACCUUGAAAGAACUUCAGCAGAUGCAAGAUAUUGAAAAACUAAGAUUAUUGAUGAAUAGUUGUUCUGAGGACAAAUAUGUGACAAGUGCCUACCAGUGGAUGGUCCCCUUUCUUCAUCGUUGUGAAAAGCAGUCUCCAGGGGUGGCUAAUGAGCUAUUAAAAGAAUAUUUAGUAACAUUAGCUAAAGAGGACUUAAAGAAUCCUCUGAAAAUAUUUCAACAUUCCAAACCAGAUCUGCAUCAAAGAAUUAUUCCUGACCAGGACCAAUUGAUGUCAAUAGCACUAGAGUGCAUCUAUAACUGUGAACGAAAUGAUCAGCUGUCUCUCUGCUAUGACAUACUAGAAUGUUUGCCACAAAGAGGAUAUGGUGAUAAGACAGAGAUAACCACAGCUCUUCAUGACAUGGUAGACCAACUGGAGCAGAUUCUCAGUGUGUCAGAACUUCUGGAGAAGCAUGGAGUUGAGAAACCAAUUUCAUUUGUUAAGAGUACUCAGUCGAGCUCAGAAGAGGCCCGUAAGCUGAUGGUUCGACUGACCAGACACACUGGUCGGAAGCAGCCUCCUGUCAGCGAGUCUCACUGGAGAAUGUUGCUGCAAGACAUGUUGACAAUGCAGCAGAAUGUCUACACCUGCUUAGAUGCAGAUGCUUGCUAUGAGAUCUUUACAGAAAGCCUUCUUUGUUCCAGUCGCCUUGAAAAUAUCCACCUGGCUGGACAAAUGAUGCACUGCAGUGAUUGUUCAAUAAACCCACCUGCUAGUGUAGUCCAUAAAGGGAAAACCCAGUAUAGGGUUAGUUAUGAAAAAAGUAUCGACUUGGUUUUGGCCGCCAGCAGAGAAUACUUCAAUUCAUCUACGAACCUCACUGAUAGCUGCAUGGAUCUGGCCAGGUGCUGUUUGCAGUUGAUGACAGACCGACCAGCUGCCAUCCAAGAGGAACUAGAUCUUAUCCAAGCUCUCGGAUGUCUUGAAGAAUUUGGGGUAAAGAUCCUCCCAUUGCAAGUGCGACUAUGCUCUGACCGUCUCGGCCUCAUCAAGGAGUGUAUUUGCCAGUCCCCCACAUGCUACAAACAGUCUACCAAGCUUCUGGGCCUUGCUGAGUUGCUGAGGGUAGCAGGUCAAGAUGCAGAAGAACGACGUGGACAGGUUCUAAUCCUUCUAGUUGAUCAAGCACUUCGUUUCCAUGACUACAAAGCAGCCAAUGUGCAUUGUCAGGAACUGAUGGCCACAGGUUAUUCUAAAAGUUGGGAUGUUUGUAGCCAGUUAGGACAAUCAGAAGGUUACCAAGACUUGGCUACUAGACAGGAGCUCAUGGCUUUCGCUUUGACACAUUGCCCUCCUGGCAGCAUUGAACUCCUUUUGGCAGCUAGCAGCUCUCUGCAGACAGAGAUUCUUUAUCAAAGAGUACAUUUCCAAAUUCAUCCAGAAGGAGGGGAGAGUUCUAAUGUUCCACCAUUAGUUUGUAAAGCUUUACAAGAGGAGGAAGGGAGUAUAGCAGGCAGUAACUCAUCUGACCUGCUCCACUGGACCACUGCUACGACCAUGAAGGUACUUUCCAAUACCACGACCACCACCCGGGCAGUGCUGCAGGCUGUCAGUGACAGACAAUGGUGGAAGAAGUCAUUGACUUACCUUCGCCCCCUUCAAGGGCAAGAAUUUUGUGGAGCUUAUCAAAUUGGAACCAUUGUCAAUGAAGGUCUUGAAAAACAAGGUUGUCAUCCUUUUUAUGAAUCUCUCAUCUCUGAUCCCUUUGUCACAGAGUCUCAAGUAACGUAUGACACCUAUCAACAUGCUCCAGUAGAAAGUUUUGCAGAGGUGUUGCUGAGAACUGGAAAACUGGCAGAAACUAAAACUGAAGGAGAAGAAGUAUUUCCAACAACAGAAGUUCUCUUGCAGCUAGCAAGUGAUGCUUUACCCAAUGACAUGACCUUGGCUCUCUCUUACCUUCUCGCUUUACCACAGGUGCUAGAUGCCAACCAGUGCUUUGAAAAGCAGUUCCACUCUGCUUUGUCUCUUCAGCUUGCAGCCUAUUACUAUAGUCUACAGAUAUAUGCUCGAUUGGCUCCCUGUUUCAAGGACAAGUGCCAUCCUCUCUAUAGGGCUGAUCCUAAAGAGCUAAUCAGGAUGGUUACCCGGCAUGUAACUCGAUAUGGACAUGAGGCCUGGCCUGAGGAUGUCAUUUCACUGACCCAGCAGCUACACUACUACAAUGAACGUCUCCUGGAUUUUUCUCAGGCUCAGAUCCUACAGGGCCUUCGGAAGGGUGUAGACGUUCAACGAUUCACUGCAGAUGACCAAUAUAAAAGGGAGACUAUUCUUGGUCUAGCAGAGACACUUGAGGAAGAUGUCUUCAGCAUUGCUCUUUCUCUGGCACAGCGUUAUAGUGUCUCCCGCUGGGAAGUUUUUAUGACUCAUUUGGACUUCCUUUUCACCGACAGUGGUUUAUCCACAAUGGAAAUUGAAAAUCGAGCCCAAGCCCUUCAUCUCUUUGAGACUUUGAAGACUGAUCCUGAGUCCUUUUACAAGCACAUGGUCAAGUACAUUUACCCCUCAAUUGGUGGCUUUGAUCAUGAAAGACUGCUUUAUUAUUUUACCCUUUUAGAAAAUUGUGCCUGUGCUGACAUGGGGACAUAUGCCAUUAAACCCGAAACCCAUAUUCGGCUGUUAAAGAAGUUUAAGGUUGUCGCCUCAGGUCUUAAUUACAAAAAGCUGACAGAUGAAAACAUGAAUCCUCUUGAAGCCCUGGGGCCAGUUCUUUCAAGUCAGAAUAUCUUAUCUAUUUCCAAACUUGUGCCCAAAAUCCCUGACAAGGAUGGACGGAUGCUUUCUCCAAGUUCACUUUACACCAUCUGGUUACAGAAGUUGUUCUGGACUGGCGACCCUCACCUCAUUAAACAAGUCCCUACAUCUUCACCAGAGUGGCUUCAUGCCUAUGAUGUCUGCACGAAAUACUUGGAUCGCCUCCACCCCAAAGACUUCAUCACCGUGUUAGAUGCAAUUACUUUUUCUCCAGAAGCUGUGACUAAGCUAUCAGUAGAGGCACGAAAAGAGAUGACUGAAAAGGCCAUUAAGAUAGUAAAACAUUUCAUUGAGAAACCAAGGAAAAGAAAUUCAGAAGAUGACUUUCAAGAAAUGAGUGAUUGUAAACUCACCUAUGCGGAUACUCUGACACAUCUGAAGAAGUCACGUGCUCACCUGGAAACCCUUCACCAUAGCUUCAUCCUUUCUCUGAAAAACAGUGAGCAGGAAAUUCUGCGGAAAUAUUGUGACCUCUAUGAUAUGUCUCGAUCAGAGCAUGGAAAACUUCGCGAUCAGGCCGUGGCCAUGUGUUUGGAUGGUCAGCCACUCUCAAUGAUUCAGCAGCUGCUGGCGGUGGCUGUGGGACCUCUUGACGUCUCACCCAGGGACAUUGUGCAGAGUGCAAUAGCGAAAAUAAUUUCAGCAUUAAGCAGGGAGAGAGCUGAACUUGGUGAGCCAGGGGACCCCUUCCAGGCCUUGGAAGGUGUGGUUGCUUCAGUGCAUACCAGUGUGGACAAAGGGGAAGAACUGGUUUCUUCUGAGGACUUGUUGCAGUGGCUGAGGCCUUUCUGUGCUGACGACUCCUUGCCUGUGAGGCCCCGAAUUCAUGUGCUGCAAAUUCUGGGGCAGUCAUUUCACCUGACUGAGGAGGACAGCAAACUCCUGGUGUUCUUUAGAACUGAAGCCAUUCUCAAGGCUAUGUGGCCCCAGAGGCGGGUUGACGUAGCUGACGUUGAAGAUGAAGAGAACAGAUACUCUCUCUUUGUGGACCUCCUGGAAUCCAGUCACAAGGAGGUUGAAUUUCAGCACUUGGUUCUGCUCUUGCAAGCUUGGCCACCUAUGAAACAUGAUUAUGUAAUCAGCAUAACCCAUAAUCCCUGGAUGAGACUCACUACAGCGAUGCUAACCAGGUGUGCAAUGGAGAAUAAGGAAAAACUGGGUGAUGAAGUUUUGAAAAUCUCUCGCUCCUUAUAUAACACCAAGCACACGCUUCCUGUAGAGUGUGUGAAGGAGCUGAGCAGGCUGCUGCAGAGCCAGUCUUUCCUGCUCCCAUCCCUGAAACUUCUUCUCGACAGCCAGGACGAGAGUCUGCACACUGAGGCUCUGGAACAGAUCACAUCAGUGACCAAGGUAAAUGAUUCCAACUGUGACCAAGAACUUCUUUCGCUGCUCCUGGAUGCCAAGCUGUUGGUGAAGUGCAUCUCCACCCCCUUCUACCCGCGGCUCAUUCAGCACUUCUUGGCAAGUCCCCAGCAGGGUCGCUGGAAUGCAGAGGAGCUGGCCAGGCUUCUGCGGGAGGCCGGUCAUGAAGCGGAAGCUGGGUCCCUCCUGCUGGCUGUCAGGGGCACGCAUCGGGCCCUAAGAACUUUCAGCAUGGCCCUCGGCGCAGGACAGUACUGGAUUUGAACACCCCAGUCCUCCACUUUGUCAGCGCGUGGUCACCAUGCUUUUGCUCCCUGGAGGAAGAAGCAUCCAGUUGAACACUAUUCCCAGAGGCCAUAUGUGAUAAUUCUGUUAAUGAUUCUCAAUGGAUCCCACAAAUUACAAAUAAAGGUGUAAAU